AUGUCGUCCGGCCAAGUCCUUGAAGGUGUCCUUGCUAUCCACAAACCAGCCGCCAUAAGCUCUGCACAGGUCAUCCGCGACGUCCAAGACCACUUCGACCCAUCGAAGCUAUUCCAGCCCUGGCUUGCUCGUGAACAAGAGAAACGAGAUGCAGAAGGACACAACCAGAAGAAAAAGCGGAAAUGGAGAGGAAGGCGCGGUACGAGUGUCAAGAUGGGACAUGGCGGUACACUUGAUCCAAUGGCGACGGGGGUGCUGAUCCUCGGUCUGGGAAGCGGAACGAAGCAGCUGGGGCAUUUCACGACAGAGUGUACGAAGACCUAUGAGACGGUGGUACUUUUUGGCGCUGCAACCGACACAUACGAUACCGAAGGCAAGAUUGUUGGGCGCAAACCUCACGAUCACAUCACGAAGGCGAUGGUUGAGGAGGCACUGGUGAAGUUCAAAGGGACGGGUAUGCAGAAGCCGCCGAUAUUCUCAGCCCUGCGGGUUCAGGGCAAGCGGCUGUACGAGUACGCGCGAGAAGGCAAGGAGGUGCCCGUGGAAAUCAAAGAACGCCCAGUGGAGGUACAUGCGCUUGAAAUGACAGAAUGGAUGGACGGAGGAACGCACAAAUACCACUGGCCGCAGAGGGAAGCAGAACCGGAAGAAAAGGAAUUUGCUGAGAAGGCUUUGCACUUGGACGCCAGUGAGAUUUCAGCCCCUGCAGAGGACGGCGACGCCACUGCAGGUGCGAAGCGGAAACGAGAUGGUCAUGGAGAGGAUGGUCAAGCUCCAGAGGAAGAGUCGUCUAACAAGCGCUCCAAAGCAGAGGACGCCACCCAAAACCAGAAAGAUAUUGAGACAUCUGAGGCAGACAAUUCGGAAGAGCCUAAGAUCAGCGACGAGAGCGCCGUGUCGAAGAAAGACGAUGCUGCUGGAAACCCAGAUUCUGAAGAACAGCAAGCUCCAUGCCCAGCACCGGCGUGUCGAAUACGGUUGAAAGUCACCUCAGGCUUCUACGUUCGGUCACUCUGUCAGGAUCUUGGCGCAGCAGUAGGGUCGUUGGGUAUGAUGACCGAGUUAGUACGCACACAGCAGGGAGACUUCGAUCUGGGGUCGAAUGUCCUUUCGUAUGAGGAUCUCAAGCAGGGGGAAGAGGUGUGGGCGCCAAAAGUCAAGGGCUUGCUUGAGGACUGGAACGAGAAGCAGGAGCAGAAAGCGAACGGCGAUGCAGCAUGA